AUGACAAACACUGAGUUUGAAACAGUUAAAAAGAUAGACAAUGACACCAAAGUGGUUAGAAUAGGUGAUUUAAACGUAAGAUACUCAAAGAAAUACAACAAAUAUUCUUUGUCAGACAUUCUAACACCAUCUGGUAAGAAAACAAACCACUGGGUUGGAAUUGCUUCAACUCAGAAAAUUUUGACAAGAAAUCCUGAGCUUAUGAUAUCGGUAAGAUUCUAUGGAACAAGAGCAUAUCUUAUAGACAAAAGUCUUAUACCAGUAGUUUUGUUCUGGAUUGACCCAGUUGUUGGAUAUAAUUUCAUAACAUAUGGUUCAUUCGAUACUGAACGUUGCAGUGAAGGCUUAGUUUACAUCGUUCAGAAACCGAAGGACUUCAAUACAAAGAGAUAUAAGAUAGGAAGAACAUUUAAUAUAACUCAAAGAUAUGACUCUACAGUCAAUAGAGUUAAGGUUGU